CUAAAUCGCCACCGGUGCUAGGUUGGCGUCCUUGCUGCGGGAACAACGGUGCCAUUUGCAAAGCGGCGUGUUGUGCUACCGCCGUAAUUCUAAUAAUUUAAACAAAUUGUUACAAAGUGAACAGUGAUUUGUAAUAAUUAAAGCCAAAGUAAUUAAAAACAAUUUAGUUUUCUACAGUACAAGAUGGCCACACAACCUCACAGUCGGAAACGUGUUUGUUACUAUUACGACAGCGAUAUUGGGAAUUACUAUUAUGGGCAAGGACACCCCAUGAAGCCCCACCGCAUAAGGAUGACCCAUAAUUUGCUGCUCAAUUAUGGUCUGUACAGAAAAAUGGAGAUUUAUCGCCCCCAUAAAGCCACUGCCGAAGAAAUGACCAAGUUUCACUCGGAUGACUACAUUCGAUUUCUCAGAUCCAUCCGACCUGACAACAUGUCUGAGUACAACAAACAAAUGCAGAGGUUUAAUGUAGGGGAGGACUGUCCUGUCUUUGACGGUUUGUACGAAUUCUGCCAACUCUCAGCUGGGGGCUCAGUGGCGGCAGCUGUUAAAUUGAACAAGCAAGCGUCCGAAAUUUGCAUCAAUUGGGGCGGGGGUUUGCAUCACGCGAAAAAAUCCGAAGCUUCGGGCUUUUGCUACGUAAAUGAUAUUGUUCUGGGGAUUUUGGAGCUGUUGAAGUACCACCAACGCGUGUUGUACAUCGAUAUUGACGUGCACCACGGUGACGGUGUCGAAGAGGCUUUUUACACCACUGACCGGGUGAUGACAGUCUCGUUCCACAAAUACGGCGAGUACUUCCCCGGAACGGGCGAUCUCAGAGACAUUGGCGCCGGCAAAGGCAAGUACUACGCCGUCAAUAUCCCCCUUCGUGACGGCAUGGACGACGAAUCCUACGAGAAGAUUUUCGUUCCGAUAAUCAGCAAAGUUAUGGAGACGUUCCAACCGAGCGCUGUUGUUCUCCAAUGUGGUGCAGACUCCUUAACUGGUGACCGCCUGGGGUGCUUCAACCUCACGGUGCGAGGCCACGGCAAGUGCGUGGAGUUCGUCAAAAAGUACAACCUUCCAUUCAUGAUGGUCGGAGGUGGUGGAUACACCAUUAGGAACGUCUCCAGAGCAUGGACGUACGAAACUUCCGUCGCUCUAGGUGUGGAAAUCGCCAACGAACUCCCUUAUAACGACUACUUCGAGUACUUUGGUCCCGAUUUUAAGCUACAUAUCAGUCCGAGCAAUAUGGCCAAUCAGAACACCCCCGAGUAUUUGGAUAAAAUCAAGACGCGCUUGUUUGAAAAUUUGAGGAUGUUGCCGCACGCACCAGGUGUGCAAGUUCAGGCGAUUCCAGAAGACGCGAUCAAUGAAGAAUCGGAUGGAGAGGAGAAAGUUGACAAAGACGAGAGACUACCUCAGAAAGAUCUCGAUAAGAGGAUCGUGCCAGAAAAUGAAUUUUCCGAUAGUGAGGACGAGGGAGAAGGGGGGCGAAGAGACAAUCGGACGUAUAAGGGACGAAAGAGGCCGCGGCUUGAAAAAGGGGUUGAUGGGAAAGAAUCAACAGGGGAUGAAAAAAUCAAAGAAGAACUAAAAUCUGAAAAAGAAGAGAAAGAAGAUAGUAAAGCGAACACAAUUGAUGAUUUGAAGAAAGAUACGGGACCAACUCCGUGACAUACUUCUUCCCAGUAUUCUAAAUAUAAGUGUCGUCAAUAGCUAAUUAUCUUAUUUUAUUAAGAAACUAAUUUUUAAGAGAAAAAAUGGAUUCACUUUUACAACUGAUUAAAGUGAAAGUUUACGACAUACCCAAGUAUGCUUGAAAUGACAAAACAUUUUGUAUAUUACAGUGUUAACGUAAUAUCGUAAUUAUUGAAUGCAAUAAUCAGUGUUUUGUUGUGUUCCUUUUUUAUUUAGUUUGUAGAUUAUUUUGUACAUAUUCAUUCCAUUAUUUGCUAUUUAUGUCAUAUCAAAAUUACGCCUUUGUAACAUUUCAUUUUCUGUAAAUAAAAUCUUAUGGUUUUA